AUGUCCGAGCAAUUCACAACGAAGCAAGUCGCCGAGCACAGCACAGUCGAAAAGGGACUCUACAUCAUCGUGGACCAGGAUGUAUACAAGCUGGACAGCUUCGUAGAUGAGCACCCUGGUGGAGCAAAGAUCCUGAAGAGAGUGGGAGGCAAGGAUGCAAGCAAGCAGUUCUGGAAGUACCAUAACGAGGGUGUUCUCAAGAAGUACGGGGCGAAGUUGAAGGUUGGCACAGUCAAGGAGGAGGCUAAGCUGUGA